UUUAUUAUUGCAUUUUCAACCGCGCUGCUGGUCGGUUGCGUUCCCAUCGAAAAAUCGAAUCAAAUCACGGAUAAUUUCCAACUCGAAAAUCGCCGGGCAGGAAUAUAAUCCCAGAUUAUAUUUGGAGAUGGGAAAACUCUGUUGAUGAGGACGAUGCUCUGAUAUAUCUUCCCCAUCUAAGACGGCAGCAGUUGAGGAAGAACUAAGAGGCGGCUCCCUCUUUCUCAGCGGCUGUGGCGUUUUGUGACGUCAAAACCAGCUACGUCCUUCGCUGGCAGACACACACACGCACACACGCACGCACGCUCAUCGACAGACACAAUACCACACUGAGAGAAACUCCCACCAAGAGAAUCCUCCCCCCAAACAACAACAAAAACAACAGCAGCAGCAGAAAAAUAAAGGGAGAGAGGAUUUAUAUUCCUUUGUAGCAACGCGAGUGUGCAUGUGUGUGUGUUUUUUGAGGCAGCCGCACUACUACAACUGCAACUGCAGUAACAACAGCAACUAAAACACGGCAAUAUAGCAACAAAAAUGGAACAACCGAGCAUUCUCGUCAAAAUCCUGCACUCGAUUCCGCACGUGAAUUACACAUUCCGUCGGGUUAACGACACCUUCAAUCCGGAUAGCGAUGUUUACCUCGAGAGUCUGGGCAUCCUGGCAUGCAUUCCCGCCGGCCUGCUGAUCGUCUCGCUCCUGGGCCUGCUGCUCUACCUGCUGACCCGCUGCUGUGACCGACGCCAGCGGAAGCCGAGCGCUCAACGCUGCCAGAGCUGCUCGCUGGUCAUCAUCACACUGAUGACCUGUGCGGCCAUCGGAUUGGGCUUGUACGGUAACGAUGACUUCCACAAUGGCCUGCUGCAGGCCUUUGGAUCCGGGAAGAACGUCGAGGGUCUGGUGUUCACAUUGCAACGACAGACUGAGAGCAUAAAGCACGAUUUGGAAACGCGGAUGGCCGGACACAAGGUGGAACGACUGGUGGAGAAGCCGCAGUACAACCAGACGGUGGUCAUGAUGCUCAUGGAGACGACACGCCUGGUGACGGAGAACACCUCGCGGGCGGUGGCCUCGCUGGAUAGCAUGGUGCACUACUUUAUGAAGGCCAAGGGCAGUGAGAACGAUACCUCACUAAUGGGACUGCUGCAGCGUGGUGAAUACUACGAAUCCAUUCGUUGGCCAGCUACUUUGGCCUUCCUCACUGUCCUCCUGCUGCUGUGCACGGUUUUGGUGAUUGGCGUGGCCAGGCGAUCCCGCUGCACAUUGAUCUUCUUCAGCGUUUCUGGUCUGUUCUGCAUCAUUAUCUGCUGGCUGUUGGCGGCUGUCUACCUGGCAUCCAGUGUGGCUGCCGGGGACUUCUGUAUGCGACCGCACGACUACAUGUGCCGUCAGGUGGGAAUGCGGAGUCCCUAUGUUGAUUUCCUAAAUUGCGGCACUCCGCGCAACCGGUUUAUUCUGCGCCUGAAUGAAUCCCGCGAUCUUGUGGAUCGUGCCAGGGAAAGUGUGGAGCAGAUGCAGCGGAUGAGCCAGGACACGUAUCCGCACAUCGACAUCAAACGCACGCUUACCGCCAUGGACACCGAUCUGGAGAACACACUGCGCAACCUGACGACUCUAUCGGCGACUUUGGACCGCAGGGCCAUCGACCGGCACUACGAGGAGGCACUCCGUGGACUCUGCGGCGGCGGGCUACUGGGACUGAGUCUGAUGAUGGUGGCUGGCCUACUUACCUCCUUUUUGCUGACGAUCCUGGUGUACGCUGACUCGCACGCCUGGAUCUAUCUGACCAAGCGGCCAACUGUGGACGCCGACAAAUCGGAGACAGCGCCGUUGUUCCCCGCCUCGAAUGCACCGAGCGCCAGCAUCUCGCCCACCGCACCGCUGAGCACGGGAACGAUCAACAGGACGCUGCUGCACCACCAGCAGGCGGCAGUGGGCGGCGGAUCGGGCACCUUGCCGGGAUCCGGGGGCGGAGGUGGCGGAGGAACAGGAGGAGGCGUUGGGGCCAAUGGACACAACGGCGUGGGACCCUAUCGCAAUGGAACGGCGGGCCUGAGACAAGGGUUGGCAUCACCUUCAUCUCAAUCAAGCCACACCUCAUCCACUGCCACUUACUACAACCACAACAACGGCAACCCCGGUUACAACAACAGCCACCAACAACACCAUCACAACAACCACCUGUACAGCAACCACCACCACUACAACAACCACAGCAACAACUCACAGCAUAGAACUAACUCCGCGGCGGGGGCGGUGGCAGCGGCGGUGGGCGUGGCCAGCAGCAGUGCUCAGCGAUCGCCGUCGCCGCCGCCCGGCUACGAUUUGGUGCAUGGCACAAGGUCAGGCCACCACACCCUGGGCCGCCUGCCAUCGCACCACCAGCAGUCGGCGUCUUAUCUGCCAGGACCCAACAAUGGAAAGUACGCGACGCUCAGCAAGCAGUGUAAGACGCUCGAGUCGAACGACUUCUACUGAGAUUCGCUUGCCUGCAGUUCCCAUGCAGGCAGUAGCAGCAACACAGCACAGCAGCAGCAGCAGCAGUUGCAACUCCAGCAGCAGCAGAGCAGCCUCAUCAAUCAGAACCAGAUUCAGAGUCAGAGCACGCUGAAGAACAUCUUUGCAUCGGCCACCUUGCCCCGCUCCACGGGCAGUUCCAUCCGGUCGGUCCUCUCUGCCCAGACAUCCAAUGCUGGCAUAUGCCGCUCCACGGGCAACGGAUUGGACGGGGACCUGGUGGACGACCGUGAUCCCAGGGAUGUGACCAACAACAGCUUCAAUCGCUUCGACCCCAAGUAUAUUAGCAUUGGUCCCAAGGCGGUGAGGGGUCAGAGUAAUAACCUUAACAAAAUGUCCGCUGCCGGCAACAAGUGUGCCACUUUGCGGCAUGUGGGUCGCUACGGUGGCUCGCUGAAAGGUGUGUCCGCCGUCAAUGCCACGCCCUCGCCGGCCGCCGCCCCCGCUGUCCAUUCGCCAAACUUAAGGAGCGCCAAAACACCAUCGAUAGCCACGGUUUCCAAGGAUUAUUGCCAGCAGCCGGACUGUAUUCCCCAGGAGUUCCUCCUUCAGCAGCAGCAGCAGCAACAGCAACUCCAGCAGCAACAAUUGCAGCAGCAACAAUUGCAGCAACAGCAACUUCAGCAGCAGCAACAGCAACUCCAGCAGCAGCAACAGCUGCACCUCCAACAGCUGCAGCAGCAAUCGCAGAUGGUGCCUCCUGCUCCGCCGCAACCUGCGCCUCCGCCUCCGCCCAAACCAAAGAUAGUCAAUACGUUUACGGAAAUUCCUGGCACCACGGGUGUGGGCAGCUCGUACGCCAAGGAGCAGCAGCAGCAGCAGCAGCUGUUGGCCCUGCAGCAGCAGCAGCAACAGCAGUUGCUUGCCCUCCAGCAGCAGAGGGAGCGGGAAUUGCAGCAGCAGCAGCAACAAAGGGAGCUGCAUCCACCCACCACCCACAUACUGCCCCCCUCGGCUGUUUACAGCAUCGAGAGCACCGAGGUGUUGCCCACAGCCGCGCCUCGAGUGCAGCAGCGUUCGCUGAAUCCCGCCUCCAUAGUGAACCAACCGCUGCCCGAGAUUCCCACCAAUCAGCAACAGUCAAAGAUCUCCGCUCAGCCGCUGUGCGCCGCCAGUUUGGGCCAGUACCGCUCGUUGCAGCGUCCCCAGACGCAGAAAUUGCAGCCGGUGGCUGUCUCCUCGCCGCAGCAACCGCCAACGCUGCCGCCCAAAAACAGGCACAAAGCCAGCCACCGGGGUGGCGCCGUCGAUAGCAGCAAUGCCAACCACAUGCAGACCUUGCCCCCAAAGUCGGCUAGCUUAAGACAGCAGCAACAGCAGCAGGAGCGAGAUAAAGACCGGGAAAGGGAAAGGGAGCGAGAGCGUCCGCGGAGGGCGGAGACGUUGGAUAAUGCACGCAGCUACAUAGAGCAGCAGCAACAGUACCCAAGUCAGUUGAUAACCGGCAGCAACAUGAAGAAGCAGCAUUCCUACGACAGCAGCUACCAUCAGCAACAGCACCAGCAGCAGCAGCAGCAACUAGCCUUCUACCAAAGACAGCACAACAACAACUUCUCCUCGAAGCAGCAGCAACAAUUAGUGCUGGAGCAACAGCAGCAGCAACAGCAACAGCAGGCUUUGUUCUAUAGAUCUUUGAAGCGAGGAGAACGAGGAACAGCUGGCAGCGGAGGAGCCACCGGAGGCGGAGCUGCUAUCAGCAACCACAGCGAUCUGUACUCGGUGACGGAGUUGUAGGAGUGCGCCUGCUGCGGCGGCGGUGUGGAUGUGGUGCGCCGAGGCGCCUCAUCCACAUCGCUGCACGCGGCGGUGGCCACACAAACUCAGAGCCACAACCAAAACCAGACGCAGUCACAACCGCAGUCGCAAUCGCAGAACCAGGCGCCCGUUCCCCUGCCACCCAAAAAGCAUCGCCAGCGAGAGAGGGAGCGGGAACAGCAGCCCACCUGUAAUGCCAAUCUGUGCGAGGAGCACCAGUACGACGAGUACUAUCCGCAGGCCUACGAGAUGCAAGCGGGAGCAGGAGGAAACACUGGAGGAAACGGAGGAGCAACUUCGAGCUCUGGAUCCAAGCAUGCAUCGAAGCAAAGCCAGCAAAGAGCAGCCACCUUCGAUGUGGCCGAUGCCAGGGACUACGAGCUAAAGCGUUUGGGCAACCGCAGGUCCCAGCAGCAGGCGGCUCCUAGCAAAAGAAAUGGAGGAGGAGGAGGAGGAGUCGCUGUUGCGCCGGACCACCAUCGCAGCCACGAUCGCGAACGGUCGCGAAGCGAUCAUCGCAUCGCCAGCUAUGUCUGCGAGGAGGUCAACUCCUCGGCGCUCUGCAGCGCCGGCUCCAUGAGCUCCAUGCUGCAGCCGGCCAACGGCACUGGCCACCGGAGCAGCAGCCACCAGCACCAGCGGGAUCACCAUCUGCGCGACCAGCAGCAGCAGCAGCAACAGCGGGAGCGACGCGAGAAGACCUUCAAGGUAUGAUUUUUAGAGACGUCAUAAGAAUUGUCCAAUCCGCGCCAGGACACCAGAAACGGCAGCUCCAGGCGGCGGACGCGUUGAGGGGUAAAUGAAAAGCGAACGUGGCGGAUUCUACAGCGAUUACAAGGAGGUGAACCCCCGGGAAAAUGAGGAAGCAGAUAGGAAAUGUGAGCGGAAGGAGCGGAACCAUCGUAGGUGCACAGCAAAAUUUGGAGAGCCCAGCCUGUUUUUAUGUUUAUCUUAAUUCGCGUGUAUAUCUCUGUCCCUGUCUAUCAGCGCACUGUCUCUGUCACACAUGUGCGGACACGCACACCAACAAAGAAACGAACACACACACAUAUAUAUAUUGUAAAACAUUCAACCUCUUCUGAUUGAUUCAAAACUGCAAAAGCUGCUUAAAAGGUGCUGAAAUAUCAAGGGUAGCGGUUAAAAUAAUAGUACCUUAUAAUUCCCAACCUUUUUUUUUUACAUUUCAAUAAGUGUAUUUUCGGUUGGAAAUUAUAAUGCAAUAUUUAUACAAUUUAGAAUCUAUAUGACAUUUGGCAUUAUUUAUAAGUACUUUAUGACAAGCAAUAUUUACAACCUCAUUUUAAUGACUAAUGGUUACUUUUUUUUUUUGGUUUUUAAUGUUAUUGCCUUUAAAGUCCGUUUUUGCUUUUGGUUUACAAUAUUUGCCACUAUUAUUUUAGCCGCUGCUGUGCAUACAGCCAUGUUUAACCCUACAUCAGUUCUCUGCUCUGUGUUGUUGCCUAUUGUUAUAUAUAUAGUACAUAACUACAAUCAACCAUAACGAAUACUUUUUUUGUGACCAUUAUUAAUACGUGUAUAUUUUAAAAGCCUAAGUUAAGUAAUAUUUAGUUCUAAGCACAAAACUAUUUAUUUACCACAGAUUUUAAGCCUCGACCCCAAAAAAUAUGACCUAAAUCGGAGGAAAAGCGAGUAGAGACAGUUGGCGAACGAUUACUAGGAGCUCUUGAACAUUUCUUAGUUCUCGAGGAUCUAGUUUCGCCUUUGUCUCUCGCUUUUUCGCCAUUAAACGAACUUUUUAUUUCAUAAGGAGUGUGUGUGUUUUUUUUAUUUAAAAUAGAUUUUUUUCAUUAGCGAUUCAUUCCGGCUUAUUUUAUUGUUUGAGAAUCCGUUGCGAGAACCAACAACAACAACCACAGCAACACGUACGUAAAAUUUUUGUGACGUCAGAAAUCUAAAAAAAAAACUAAGAAAAACCAGCAGCAACAACAAAGCACAAGACAACAAAAACACAAAUAAGAAACAUGGAAGAAAAAAACUUAAGCGGAAAAAUUUUACAAAACAAAACAUAAUAUAAAUUAAAAGUUUUACAUUUUAAAGAAACAAACCACAUGAAAAGGAAAAGUUCUUAACUCAAGCAAUAUAAGAAAAGAAAAGAUGAAAACGAAAAAAAGCCAUACCAAGUUGUUCAACUAUUUUAAAAAAGAAUUCAGCAAACAAAAAAAUAAACAAGCAACAUAUAUACAUAAACAUACAUUAAAUGCAUACAUACUUAUUAUAGAGAAAGCAUAAGGAAUAUUAAAUAAUCGACAGCAACCACAAACAAUGUUCAGGUCAAUAACUGCAUUUAAACGGAUAAAGUAAAUGAAGGAAACCCUCGUUAGGCAUUAAAAUUAACAAAAUGCUCUUUUUAUAUACAACUAUAUAUACAUGCAUAUAUAUAUAUAAAUAUACAAAUAUAACGAAUUGCAGUUACCCAAAACACAGACAGCCAGACAUACCAUAAACAGAAGAAUAAAAAACAACUCAUCAAAGUUGUUGGAUCAGUGGCAAGCACACACAAGCAUUUUUAAAAACUCACAUAAUUAUACUACACAAAAUACAAGACACACAACACUCAUACAUGCGAACAGUUGUGGGAAAAAUAAUUAUAGUGCCAUUAGAAUUUUAAAAAUUUAAUAAAAUGUAAAUUGUACCAUUUAUAA